UAUUCCUCUAAGAAGCAUACUUAUACAUCUCUAUAUUUCCAUAGCAAGGAGCCAUUUACACGCAUGCACCAAACAAAACAAUGGGUAGAGAAGAAGUCACCCAAAUGACUAUUCUCUUCUUCUUUCUUUUGUUAUCAAUCUUAUCUUUCAAGGCUUCUUCUGCUCCUACAAGUGUACACAAGCAAAAUUACCCUUCAACCCAGUUGAAUCCCUUUUCUCCAAGGGCAUCUCUGAUUCGAUAUUGGAAGAAACACAUCUCUAACAGCCUCCCUAAACCACCAUUUCUCAUCACCAAAGCGUCUCCACUCAGUACCGUAGACUCAGCUUUCUUCUCCAAACUCGCCAGCCAGAACUCACUCUCUUCACAUCUGGACUCUUUUUGUUCCCUGGCUAACUUGUUCUGCUCCUUCGACUCAAAACCAAGUUUAGGCAAUCAUGACCAAGAUGCCAACUUUGCACUUUAUUCCAACAAACAUUUUGCAAACUAUGGCAGGGCAAACCUCGGAGGGAUCGACUCGUUCAAGAAUUACUCCAACGGAUUGAACUCGGCUGCUGACUCAUUUAUUCGGUACAGCCGUGAAGGUACAGGCCAUAGUGAAACAUUCACAAAUUAUGCUAGCGAUGGAAAUGUUGCCAAUGCAACCUUUGGAAACUACGGCGCUGGUGCCACUGGCGGCUCCGUUGAGUUCAAGAACUAUGACGAUCGAGUCAACGUACCGGGUCUCCAAUUCAUCACAUAUGACUCGGAUGGCAAUAAUCAUAAGCUCUCAUUUUCAACCUACAGCGGUGAUACAAAUUCUGGUUCUCAAGCAUUUACCAGCUAUGGCAAGAAAGGGAACGGGGUCCCAGCUGAGUUCACAAGCUAUAGUGGAGAUUCAAACAUUAUUGAAUCUACAUUUACUGGUUAUGGUGAUUUAGGCAAUGCAGCCAAUGACACGUUCAAGGGUUAUGGCAUUUCAGGUAACAACCCACACAAUAAUUUCAAGAGUUAUGCUACUGGUGCAAACUCUGCCAUUGAUAGCUUCUCGAGCUACAGGAAUGGAGCCAAUGUUGGCCAAGAUUCAUUUCUGUCUUAUGCCAGGAAUACAAACGCAGGGAAAGUUAGUUUCACGAAUUAUGGGAAAACAUUCAACCCUGGCAAUGACACAUUUAAAGAAUACGGCAAAGGGUCCGAGGGUAUGACCACCAUUGACUUCAAAACUUAUGGUCCUGAUCGAUCGUUCAAGGAUUAUAUUGAAAAGGGUGUAUCUUUCGCUGGUUAUACUAAUAAAAGCAGCAGCAGUAGUAGCGGCAGAUCUGUAAGUAGCAGUUGGGUGGAGCCUGGCAAGUUUUUCAGGGAGUCCAUGUUGAAGAAAGGGAAUGUUAUGGUGAUGCCGGACAUUAGAGACAGUAUGCCCGCAAGAUCAUUUUUACCGAGAUCAAUUGUGUCAAAAUUGCCGUUCUCAUCCCCUCGCCUCUCAGAGCUGAAGGAAAUUUUUCAUGCGCCAGAGAACUCAACCAUGGAGCGUGUGCUUGUGAAUGCGCUGGCUGAGUGCGAGAGAGCACCUAGCAAAGGUGAAACCAAGAGGUGUGUUGGGUCAGCUGAGGACAUGAUAGACUUCGCAGUCUCGGUCUUGGGCCGAAAUGUGGUGGUGAGGACCACAGAAAAUGUUAAUGGGUCAAAGAAAAAUGUGAUAAUAGGAUCAGUGAGAGGGGUGAACGGUGGGGAAGUAACGAAAUCAGUGUCUUGUCACCAGAGUCUAUACCCAUACUUAUUGUAUUAUUGCCAUUCAGUGCCCAAAGUGAGGGUUUAUGAGGCGGAAAUUUUGGAUGUCGAGAGCAAAGCCAAGGUGAAUCUUGGUGUUGCAAUUUGCCAUAUUGACACGUCUGCUUGGGGACCAGAACAUGGGGCAUUUUUGGCACUAGGGUCAAGACCUGGGCAAAUUGAGGUCUGCCACUGGAUCUUUGAGAACGACAUGACUUGGACCAUUGGUGAUUGAAGAUGAGCCGCUGUUACUUGCGUUUGAUUAAUGAAAUUUUGUGCUUGGUGAUUUGUGUCAUUUUUUUUCCUUCGAUGAGAAUUAUGCAAGGAAACGAUCUCCAUAGACACAUUCCAUGAAAAUGUACUCAAUUUCAAUUGCUUUAA